AUGCAAUGUGUAGCCAGUGGCGAUGCAAAAAUUUCCCGAAAUGCCAAAAUGCGGAAAGUACCGAAUGGAAAAGCAAAAUGUAGUAAACCCUGGUCCGAAUGGUUGUCAGGGGGUGGUCCACUUGUUAAGCUGUCAACCCUUCUCCAGACUGGCGGAGGCAAUGGUUCCACACCAACUGCUGAGCUAAGUACUCCCCUUAACACUGGGGGCCGUGUAUCUGGUAAUUGUCCUUUCUCCCAGAGCACUACGGGGCCGUUGUUAGAAGCACACCCUUCUGCUAUAUGA